CGCUGACGUCACGUGUGGGCUGAUCUCGGCCGGCGGCGCGUACGGGGGCCGCCGAGGGACUUUUGGGCGUCUUCCUCGGUCUGCUUUCGCCAUGGCCGGCCACGAAUACGUGAGCGCCGAGCAGCUGGCCGGCUUCGACAAGUACAAGUACAGUGCUGUGGACAACAACCCGCUCUCCCUCUACGUGAUGCACCCAUUCUGGAACACGGUGGUCAAGAUCUUCCCCACGUGGCUGGCCCCCAAUUUGAUAACGUUUUCUGGCUUCCUACUGCUUGUCUUCAACUUCUUCCUCAUGGCUUACUUUGACCCUGACUUUUAUGCAUCCGCCCCUGAUCAGGAGCAUGUUCCAAAUGGAGUCUGGGUUGUCGUGGGUCUCCUCAACUUCAUGGCUUACACGCUAGACGGCGUGGAUGGGAAGCAGGCACGCCGCACGCAGUCCUCCACGCCCCUCGGGGAGCUCUUUGACCACGGCCUGGAUAGCUGGGCCUGCAUGUUCUUCGUGGUGACGGUAUACUCCACCUUCGGGCGAGGUCCCAAUGGCGUCAGCGUCUUCGUCCUCUACCUCCUCCUCUGGGUGGUCCUCUUCUCCUUCAUCCUCUCCCACUGGGAGAAGUACAACACUGGGAUCCUCUUCCUGCCCUGGGGCUACGACAUCAGCCAGGUGACCAUUUCGAUAGUGUACAUCGUGACCUCCAUCGUGGGCGUUGAGGCCUGGUACAACCCAUUCCUGUUCAGCUUCUUAUACCGGGACCUCUUUGUGGCUAUGAUUAUAGGAUGUGCGCUCACAGUGACCAUUCCCAUGAGCCUGUUGAACUAUUACAAAGCCUACAAGAGCAAAACACUGAAGCACCACUCCUUCUACGAAGCGAUGCUGCCCUUCCUCUCACCGGUCCUGCUCUUCGUCUUGUGCACCAUCUGGAUCUUCCAUUCCCCCUCCGACAUCCUGGAGGCCCACCCCCGCCUCUUCUACUUCAUGGUUGGGACAGCCUUCGCCAACAUUUCGUGCCGCCUGAUCGUCUGCCAGAUGAGCAGCACGAGGUGCCAGCCACUCAACGCACUGCUGCUCCCGCUGGCCCUGGUCAUCCUGGUGGUCAUCUCAGGCUUCCUGCCCCAACAUGAAACCUUCCUCCUCUAUUUGCUCACCUGCUUCGUCACCUUGGCGCACAUCCAUUAUGGCGUUGGAGUGGUGAGCCAGCUGAGCAAGCACUUCAACAUCCGGACCUUCUCCCUUCGGAAGCCCAGCUCCGACUGACUAGGCGUAGAGGUGGCAGCGGAGGAGAAAGCUGGCCUGCGCUCAGUCGAGGCAAUGUAAACCCCGUCCGUUGCCUGUGUACAUAUUCUUCAGCCAUCACCAUGGGACUAAACUUGGACUCACCUUGUAGAUGGUCAAGGGGCCGAGGAUGUGCGAGGUCCAGCAGCCGGGCUGGGGGUUCUUCUUCCCACUCUUUCCUCCUUGCUGCCACUGUGACCCAUGACCUCUUUCUCACCAACUGAACCAGGGCUUCACACUCCAGAACCGCUGCGUUUUUGCGUUCAACACCUCCAGGCUGGGCCAUGGGGACUGCCUCACAGACACGAGUACGAAGUAACUGUUGGAAAGGGGGUGUUGGUUGGCACUUGAAUAACCAAACUCCACCAAGAGUUUUCUGACCCACAGUUGUUCUCAUGGCUCUCGCUCCUUGGACUUGGACAGGACCACCAAGCCUCGCUCUGGAAGAAACUCCUUGGCCUGCCAAGUGGGAGCAGCCUGCACAAAUGGAGCAGAAUGACUGGCUCUCCCUCCCUUGCCAUUGUGGCGGGAGAAGUUGUAGAUAGCAGUAUCAUCCGUUCGUGUGGCAUCGCCACACCAGGUUGUGUGGGCACAGGAGACGGACAGAGGGAGCAUGGUUCUGCAGAUCAUUUGUUGGGUCACAUGCGUGUAUCUGUGUGUUUGUGUUUACAUCCUCUGAGAGCUGCACUGCUUCACAUGGGGAGAGGGCAAAUUUAGUUUUCCGUUACAAAACCCAAUUUGAUUUCCACGCCCAGCUUCAGCGGAUGCCUCCGGCGACGGCGCAGCUUUUUCCUGGCUUACCACCCAACAGGAAACGUGGGCAUUUCCCGCUCCCUGGCUAUCUUUCACCCUCUUUCAUCGAAGAAGCGGUGAAGACAAGGGCCGGUUUUUCUCUUUCGUUGGCAGCCUUAUUUAAUGAAGAAUAUUAUUUUUUCGUUGUGUUUAUUUGUGUGCUUUUAUGAAGAGUGCAGCCUAAACCCAAACUCCUUGGAACGGUUGCACCCGGAGGAAACUGAGCGCAGCAACGAAUAUUCCUGUGGACUUGAGGGCAGGGCGGCAGGGUUUCAUUUUGGGGGCUUGAAAUGAGAGGAAGUCUCCCCCUUUCGGGGGACACAUUCCAUUCUUGGAUAGCGGCAGGAGGAUUGCAAUUGUGAAUGGCUAUUUAACUUUUCCUUUGUAAACUUGAAUCAUUAUGUCGGUGAGCAAGAUGCAAGCAAUGUCACAUCCCUAGAACUGGCUUUUAGAUCAGUUUUUCUCUUCUCCUCCUGUAAAUAUGUCUUUUUUUUUUUUAAAAGGAAAACAGAGAACUCUUAAGUUUGACCACAAAUGCCAUUUCUGGUUUGUUUAGAAGCAAGAGGAAAGCUGGUUCCAGUUGUUAGAGAUGAGUGUUUCAAAGGGCAGCAGGGGAGUAGACCGAUUUGGGGGCACAGAUAAAGGAACCAUUCAGAUUUUUCCUGCUUAGUCCAGUGUUUCAUGGCUUUGAAAUAGAUGGGGAUGAGGAGAUUUGCCUUCUUUUUUAAUGACAUGACUUUGCACAGAAAAAACAAGAUAUGGGUGUAUAGAAGAACUGAGGCACACUUGAAUACCUGAAGGUAUAUACGAUUUGGAAUGUAAUUCAGUAAUCAUUUGUAAAUCACAAAAGAGACAUUAAGAAAUGGGGUUCUGCGUUUGAUUCUCCCAGAGCCCUUUUGGGGGGCUGGGGGUGUCCACUUUGGAUAGGGAGAGGGUCUGUUUUUUGUGCGUCUUGAAUAAGGAAUCAUUGUGCAAACGUGGCUCUCUGUUUUUGGGGAGGGGAGAAUGGCUCAUUAUGAUGACGAUUGUUGUUACGCUUUGGAAAUGGAGAUCUUCAGGUUGCUGGUUCUGGGUCCUUGGGGAUAGCAAGGGGUGCUUGGCGUAAGAGUCCUUCUGGGCAGAAGGGUCUGUGGGAACCAGAGGACCUUCUCCAUGUGUGUGCGUCUGGCAGAAGAGCGUCCCCCAGACUAGGGUUGGGUCCCUGAGGAUGCAGAAUGGAGAGGAGGACACCUUUGAGACCCUUCUUUGCCCUCUGCACCUCAUCUGUUGACCUUUGGAGACGAUGGGAGGAAGGAGGACUUCUCUGGUGCCAAAGAGCAGGACAGGGCAUCUCCCAGGGUGCCUUCAUAGUCAGAGGAGGAGGAACUGGUGCAAGCACCUUUGUUUAGGAAGGAAGGGAGAGCUAAGCCGGAAUUAAACAGGCAAAACCCACACAAGAAUAUGGGCCUUUUUCAUUCCUUUGCUGCAGUUUUUUGACCACAGUAAAUGCAAAUGAUGAUUCAGUGGUGGAGGCUGCAUGCGCCCUUGGGACCACAUGAAGCAGCUUCUGGAGCUGCCUGGGAGACCAGAGAGGGGGGCUAUCCAUCCGUCCAUCUCCCUCUGUCCCUCGCAGGCAUUUUUGUCAUUGCUGCCUCUGCCUGGCCUUCCCUUGGCACUAACUGCCAUGCCCCUGGGCAGAACGGGUCUCUCAGACUGUCUGCAAAGGAAAAUGGGGUUUUGCUUUCCUCCCAGUCAGGUUUUCUCACUGAAGGAACUUGGUGCCUUAGAAGACUCCUCAAGUUGAGGCAAAGAGUCACCUGUCUUACUUUUCUUUUUUAAAAGUGUUGUCCUAGUUGAAAGGAGUAGUAGAUAAGUGGCAUUUCUGUUCAGGAGCGAAGAUGUCUUAAUUUUACUGCCGUGUAAAACUCACUGCAGAUUCGGUGGGAACCAAAUGCAAAGAGGUGCUGUGUAUUUUGGAGGUGGGGGGACCUUCUUUCUUCUCUUUUGUCCUGGGGUACUUGGGCCAUCCCCUCUGCGUUCAUCUCACGUAUUCUCAAAAUUAGAGGCUUUCUGCCUGGAAGCGGUUGGCGGGUGCACAGGGGGCUUCCUUUUAUGGGGCAUGAAAUUCUCAAUCCGUUCGGCCUGCGUCGUCUUUGGCAUUUUGCAAUUAGUGUUUUACUAAUUUCUUUCUUUCCCUUCUUUUGCUGCUACCUCUGUUUCAGGGAAGGCGUGUGUGUGUGUGUGUGUGUGUGCGCGCUUCUAGAGGCAUGGAUAAAAAACACUUCCUCAAAGAGGGGUGUGUUGGUGAUAUUUGGGCCCCAAAGCUUGCAGGUGUGGGCAACAGCUGCAUCAACAUGCUGGCCUUUUGCAAGAUCCAGGUUAAUCUGGGGGCAGUGUUCGGUCUGAAAAAGGGGCUGCUGGGCAGAGAAGAUGGCUGCCUCUCUUUGCAGUGCAGUGGCCACUUUGCUCUUGCUGACCAGAGCAACUUGGACCUGAACAGGAUCAGAGUUGGAGGGGAAAGUGGUGGCUGGCCCAGAACCCAAGUUGUUUCUCUUUGUCUCUGUCAGCUAAGGAUCAGGAUGAACUUAGCAAACCCUAAAUUGUCCCUCGGCCUGAUUUCGGAGCCAGGUGUGCUGGGCAAGAGACCCCCUGAAGCCUUGGGCUCAGACCAAGGAGGGAGCUUUGGGGGCCGGUGAGCAUGUCCCUCACAAGCAUCGUUUCUGCUUGGCUGCAAAUGCCUGGGGUGACUGACAGGGUCCAAGUGGCAGCGAUCCUGCUGCCAUUGUUGUGUCCCUUUGCUCCAGGGCCAUCAGGCUGUGCAGAUUCUCCUUGGUGACACCAAGGGAUUAAGCUAAGCACCCGCAGGAUGGGAAUGGAUGCCUUCCUACUCCUUUCCCUCGCAGGGGCCAUGGCACUCGCUUACUCUGUUGAGUGCCAGAGCUCCUAGUCAAUGCCAUUCUUUAGAUGUCUUCAAAUAGGUAAGGAAAACCUGACCCUGGAAUGAUGGAUGGACAAGAGGGGUGGCAUUCUGGUCUGGAAGCAGGAACCGGAGACCCUGGCCUCCAUUUUGGACCAGUUGGUCUUCCUGGCUUUGGGGGCUCUCAUUGAGCCCAGCAUUUUUGGGAAGCUGCUUUCUAGCCUGUUGCAGGGAAUGCAGGGAUGGAGAAGGAGAGGGGUGGAACUGGAGUCAUUCAUUUUCUGAAACUGUUUACUUGGGGGGGGGGAUGCAAAUGUGGGCAAGGAGCACUGCUUGUCUCAAGCCACCCUUGACCCUCUGGCCAAGCGAAGUGACCGCUUUCUCCGUUUGGGACAUGCCUCUGGGGGUCUUCCUCCGCGUCCCAUUGAUGCUCUUUACCAGGAAAGAAGGCAAUGCCCCCAUUCUUGGUCAAGAGGAUCCCUGGCCCAGGUGGACCCCCAGAUUCUGCCCAGGAUCAAAGCAAGCUGUCAGUGGGGAAUAACAAUACGACGAUGAUUAUGAUUAUGAUGAUGAUGAUGAUUAUUGGCGAGAGGAAAUUGUAAUAGGAAACUGUGUGGGUUCCUCCACAACCCGUCACACUUCAUCCGGAUUCUCAUGUCUGUCUUAAUGCAUCGUUGGGGGUUGGCUGUCUUGGGCAGGGGACUUGAACUCUGAUCCAUGAAAUGCUAUUAUUACUGGUAAAUAUUUAUUGUAUUUAUGAGGAAGGAAAAGAAACCCUCAAAAUCCUAUUAUGAAAUAAAACUUCAAUAAAAAAU